CCGCUGCGCCGCACAGAGCAACAAACCCAAGCUGUCGUGUUGAACUCGAGGACGACGUCACGACCCUUGCGUCCAUAAUAACACCGUAUUCGCAGCUCAUAUAACCCCUGUGAUUUAAUAUCGCGACGCGCUUAAAACCAUUUGGGUGGGGACGAAGAAUUUGUCACAAAAAUAUAAACAAAAGCGCAUUUUUCAUUGAAAUCCACCGGUGAGGUCGGACACGCUGAUGGCGGCGACAGUGGAGGAGCUCUACCGUAACUAUGGCAUCCUCGCCGACGCGAAAGAGGAUCUCAGCAAGCAUAAAGAUGCCUAUCAGGUCAUUCUGGAUGGUGUCAAAGGUGGCCCAAAAGAGAAGCGACUAGCUGCACAGUUCAUUCCCAAGUUUUUCAGCAGUUUUCCAGAGCUGGCGGAUGCUGCCAUCAAUGCACAGCUUGAUCUGUGUGAGGAUGAGGAUGUAUCCAUUCGGAGGCAGGCUAUCAAAGAACUCCCGCGAUUUGCGUCUGGUGAGACCUUGCCCAGAGUCGCGGACAUCCUCACACAGCUUUUGCAGACAGGUAUUGAACGGAUGACCGAUGAUUCUGCUGAAUUCAAUCAAGUUAUCACGGCAUUGAUCUCCAUAUUCAAAAUUGAUGCAAAAGGAACUUUGGGAGGCUUGUUCAGUCAGAUCCUGCAAGGAGAAGAUAUUGUACGAGAAAGGGCGAUCAAGUUCCUUUCUACCAAGUUGAAAACUAUGCCAGAUGACACGAUGACAAAAGAGGUGGAGGAUUACAUCUUUACGGAGACUAAAAAGGUUCUGGAGGAUGUGACGGGGGAGGAGUUUGUGCUUCUGAUGCGUAUCCUGUCGGGACUGAAGACCAUGCAGACCGUCAGCGGGAGGCAGCAGCUGGUGGAGCUGGUGGUUGAACAGGCAUUCCUUGAGCAAGCCCUCAACCCUGCUGAUACUGACAGCGUUGAUCGGCUACUGCAGUGCACCCGUCAGGGUUUACCACUCUUUUCUAAAAAUGUGCAUUCUACACGCUUUGUGUCAUACUUCUGUGAAUACGUUCUCCCCAACCUCAGUCUCCUCACCAGCCCUGUAGCAGAACUGGACAUCCAGCUUGAGGUACUGAAGUUAUUAGCAGAGAUGAGUCCAUUUUGUGGAGACAUGGACAAACUUGAAGUCAACCUCAACAUGCUCUUCGAGAAGCUGCUGGAGUUCAUGCCCCUUCCUCCUGAAGAGGAGAAUGGAGAGAAUGCAGCGAACGAGGAGCCCAAACUGCAGUUCAGCUAUGUGGAGUGCCUGCUCUUCAGCUUCCAUCAGCUGGGCAAAAAACUACCUGACUUUCUCAUCGACAAAAUCAGCGCAGAGAAGCUUAAGGACUUCAAGAUCAGGCUACAGUACUUUGCUCGUGGACUGCAAGUAUAUAUUCGCCAACUGCGUGUUGCUUUGCAGGGCAAAACCGGAGACGCACUGAAGACAGAUGAGAAUAAAAUGAAAGUGGUGGCUUUGAAAAUCACCAACAAUAUAAAUGUUUUAAUCAAGGAUCUGUUUCAUAAUCCUCCAUCUUACAAAAGCACAGUUACUCUGUCCUGGAAGCCAGUACAGAAGGCUGAGGCAACAGCAGUGGUUGGUCAGAAGAGGCUGUCUGGAGAUGACGUGGGAGCAACAGCUACAGCAAAGAAGCUUCCCCCAAGUUUGCCCAGGAGAGAUGCCCGUCAGAUCUACAAUCCACCCAGUGGGAAAUACAGUGCGACCAUUGGUAACUUCUCAAAUGAACAAAGAGGAGGCUUCAGGGGUGGUCGGGGGCGGGGUUUUGGAGGAAGAGGAAACAGAAGCCGGGGUCGAAUUUAUUAAGAGGACUGCCCCACAUGGAACAGCAUAACCACAACUACCCAACUUCUCUACCACCCUUCCUGCGUCUCUCACACAUCCUCCAUCUAUUCGUUUCUCCACAUUUGUUUUUUAUUCUUGCGUGUGUUUUUGAAAAUCCUAAACAGUUCCUCACCAUCAGAGCCGGCUACUCGUUUUUUUGUUGUUGUCCUGGAUCAUUGUGGAACAAGACUGCCGAGGUGUACUUUUAUUAAGGAGUUUUGUAUGGUGACAUCGUUUGUACUUUUCUUUUUUUAACCUUUUUAAUUUUUCAGUGUUUUUGUUUGGAUCAAAAUUACAAAUUUGUAAGAAGUUACUAAGUCUAAAUUUUAUCAUAAACUUGUGUGGUUCAAAUCAAUUGCUGUCAUUGAUAUUUUCUUCAGGACAUAACAUAUUUAAGUUUUUACGACACCUCUUAUGCCCUGAUGUGUGCCGCUAACUUGAUUGUAUAAGUUUAUAGAUAUUUUUGAGAUGGUUUAAGAUGUUCAAUGAAAAUUGUCCUUGUAGAGUAGAAUUUGUUUUGUCUAUACAUCGCUACAAAAAGGGUUUAAGGAACCAAUCUUUUUCAGGUAUUGCUUGCAUUUGAGUAUUCCAUUUAAAACAUUUUGCAUGCAUAGUUUAUAGGAGAUAUUUUGAUGUUUUGGACUGACAGGGAAAAGACAUUUAUGUAUAACACUGUUGUUUUCCUUUUGGACAGAUUUUCACCCACAUUAAAAAUCUUUGCCUUUUCA